GUCCGUUAGUAAAAAUUCCCCAAUCUCUCUCUCUCUCUUUCCCAACCACCACCGUCACACAAGUCUCCAUCCAAUCUCUCUCUACACCAACGCGUUCCGGACUGCCUCCACAAUCCUCUCUCUCUCUCUCUCUCUCUCUCUCUCUCUCUCUCUCUCUCUCUCGUGAAAUCGAACGGCCAGAAUCCGCACAAGAACACCAACAAAAACAAUCACCUUCCUCACGGAAAAUCUAAUCGCUCUUCCUCUUAUAUACGCCAAGAACUGACAUAUCUAUAUAUAUACCGCUAUUCGUUGCUUGUCGGAAUUACUGUUGGCUAGGGUUAGGGUCCGGCUUCGGUAUCGCGGCGGCGGUGAUUUAGGAGAAGAUGCCCCGCGGCAGGGAAUACCUAGCAUUUAUUCGGCGCGUAGAUUUCCACUUUUGAAAUUAUUGACAAGUCCUCCUUUUUCGAGGGAAUUAUGAAACCGCCCCUGCCCUCUGAACCUGGGAUGGAUUUCUACACGCAGGCUUGCAAGGCGCUGUGCAAGCGCUCCUCUUUUUAUUCUGAGGAUUCACAGACAGCUACUGCGCCUCCUACACUGCCCAGAGGACUGGCUCAGCUGCUAUCUAAGCACUCAGACAGCCGGAAGAGGAACAAGAGGACCCAUACUGGUUCUGAAACGAAGUUUUCUUCGCGGCAAGAAAAGUCUCGCGCCUCGGGGGUCUGGGCUGAAAUGGAGGACUACUUUCGUGAAGUAGACGUGGAUGAUAUUGAAAGACUCCGUGAACUUUCUUCUGUACUACCUUCUAAGAGCGAGAAGUUCUUUUCAUUACUCUCACUUUAUGGAGCGGGUAAUAAUGUAGAUACAGGUGUAAAUAUUCCGUAUGCAGUUGCUUCAACUAGUGGGGCAUCCAAUGAAGAACGGCACGCUCAAGAAGAAAAUGAGCAGCAACAAAUGAAUGUUGAUAGCAUAGGAGCUGCGGCAUUGUCUACAGCAGCAAUAAAGUUAGAGAAGGCCCGUCCUACUUUUAGUGGCAUGGAGUGGCUUUUAGGUUCUAGGACAAAGAUAUAUCUCACCACAGAGAGGCCUAACAAGAAAAGGAAGCUAUUGGGUGGGGAUGCUGGGUUAGAAAAGCUUCUUGUUGCUCAUCCAGUGGAAGGGUCAGCUUCUCUGUGUCACUAUUGCAGUGUUGGUGACAUGGGUGAUACUUUGAACCGGUUGAUUGUUUGCGGUUCAUGUAGCAUGGCAGUUCAUCAGAGAUGUUACGGGGUGCAGGAUGAUGUUGAUGGAUCUUGGAUGUGCUCCUGGUGCAAGACAAAGAAUCAAAUGAUAAGUAAUGAGAAGCAAUGCCUUUUGUGUCCAAGGAAAGGCGGAGCACUGAAACCUUCUAGAAAAAGGGGUCAGGGAUGUCAAGAGCAGUCUGCGCUCAAGUUUGCUCACCUGUUUUGCUGUCAGUGGAUGCCAGAGGUCUAUGUCGAGAAUACGAGGAUGAUGGAACCUGUAGUGAACAUUGAAGGCAUAAAAGAAACUCGAAGAAAGUUAAUUUGUUAUUUGUGUAAGGUGAAAUAUGGGGCUUGUGUGCGGUGUAGUAAUGGAGCUUGCAGAACAUCUUUUCAUCCUAUAUGUGCAAGGGAGGCACGACACAGAAUGGAGAUAUGGGGAAAACUUGGUUGUGAUGAUGUGGAGUUGCGUGCAUUUUGCUCGAAGCAUUCUGAUGUCCACAACAAUGGUAAGAGUGAGCAAAAUGGCGAAAUAUCUGCACAUGUGCCCGGUGUAUCUUGUUCCAGUGAUCCCAAUCAGAUGAUUGAAUCAACAGAAAAUAAGCCUCAGAAGUUAAAAUUUAGCCAACAUAAUGGUGAAAAUGGGUCAAGUGGAAUCAUGGGUGCAAAUUUGGAUCAAGAUAAAUUGGAUUGUGACGCCUCUCAUGAAGAAAGGCUGUUGGUUAGUGUAUCAAAUUCCAAAUGUCAAACUGCCCACGAUGAUACAUUGCACCAUAUUAAUAAGGAUUUGUUGGAAAUAGGCAUAAAUGAAGAUGGUAGUGCCACUGAUCCCUCGAGUGUUAUCAUAUUAUUGAAGAAGCUAAUCGAACAGGGAAUAGUUGACGUUGGUUAUCUAGCUUCUGAGAUGGGUGUUUCCUCUGAUUCAUUGGCCUCAAUGCUCAAUGACAAUUGCAUGGUCAAUGAGGUACAUUGCAAAAUAGUUAAGUGGCUUAGGACUCGUCCCACCACGGGGAAUGUGCAGAAAACUUUGAGAGUUAAAAUCAAACCAACGAAGGGCACAAAGAUUGAGGGUGGUGUAGCCGAUAACACUGAUUCUGCUAUAUUAACAGAGCCUGAGAUUUCUGCUACCAUUCCUGUUAAGUCUGUUCCACCUCACAGACGAACCAAAAACAAUAUUAGGACUGUUAAGGACGACAUGAUGUUGGAUGCAGUCAAAACUCAUCCGCUUGGUGUCACAGAUUCAACUUUGACCAAGGACCCUCUUUGUUCUAGCACUCAGAACAUAGCUAUUGACUGCGUCUCAUCUCAUGAUACCGCGGCCAACAAGCCACACAAAGAUGAAGUUGUACAAUCUGCUGUUCUGGUCGAUGUGCAACCUAAUGAGUGUGCAGCUAUGGAUCUAAGUGCUGUCCUGAAUGUUGAUGCAAGGAUGCCAAGUUCUAUUACUAUGAACAGUGCAGCUGAUGGCAUAAAAUUGAAAAAACGCGGACCUUACAUUCACCCGCUCAUUGUAAAAAAAUUAAAUGACAUGGGGGAGAGAAUCAUUGCAGAGAGUGCUGCACAUGAAUAUGAUGGUAAGAAUUGUCUACUUGUCUAUGUUUGGUAGGUUUGAGACAUGGAGAACUAUAUCUUUCUAAAGCUUCCUCUAGUUCUGGGAUUUGUUGCAGUGAUGAGAAUCUGCAGUCAACUUCUGGUGAUAUGGUAUCCAAAUAUAAAGGGACAAGUCUAGAACAGUUCAUCAAUUCAAGGAAUAUGGGUCUCUCAGAAUUGUCACCCAUGGAUGAAAUGGAAGGAGAAAUCAUAUUUUACCAACACAAGCUAUUAUCUGAUGCUGCAGAAAAAAAAUCCCUUGCUGAUAAUUUGAUCGGCAAAGUUGUACGAAGCCUCCAACUGGAGAUUGAUGCUGCUAGAAACCAAGAAUGGGAUACCGUUUUAGUUAGUAAGUAUCUUCAAGAACUUAGAGAAGCAAAAAAACAAGGAAGGAAAGAAAGGCGGCAUAAAGAAGCUCAGGCUGUGCUGGCUGCUGCAACUGCUGCUGCUGCUUCAUCGUCUAGGAUUUCAUCAUUGAGGAAAGAUAAUCCUGAAGAAGCCAUUUAUCAGGAGGACCCAUCAAACUUGUCUACUUCCAAUCAUAUGCACCAGCAAAAUCCUUGUGCUAAAGAUUCAAGCUGCGCGCAGGUCAUGUCUGAAAGAAUAUUUGAUCCCCUCCAGUCAGGCUCAGAUUUUUCCAAAGACCAUCCUAGAACUUGUGAUGUUUGUGGGCGGUCUGAGACUAUUCUAAAUUCGAUCCUCGUUUGUUCCGGGUGUAAGGUUUCCGUACACUUGGACUGUUAUCGCAGUGUCAGAAACUCAGCAGGCCCAUGGUAUUGUGAACUAUGUGAUGAUAGAUUAUUGCGUGAGGAAUUAGGAACUCCAGCAGCUGAUUUAUCGGAAAAGCAGAAAUCUUGUUUUCUUGCAGAAUGUGGUUUAUGUGGUGGUACUACUGGUGCUUUUAGAAAGUCGACCGAUGGUCAAUGGGUCCAUGCUCUCUGUGCUGAAUGGGUGUUGGGCUCUGCAGUCAGGAUAGGGCUAGUGAGUUCAAUUGAGGGAACGUCAAUGGGUCGUAAGGUGAGUGACGCUUGCCUUAUCUGCCAUCGUAAACAUGGGGUGUGCGUCAAGUGCAGCUACGGUCACUGUCGAAGCACCUUCCAUCCUUACUGUGCUAGGAGUGCAGGCUUAUUCAUGGCUGUAAAGACGGUCGGCGGGAAGCUGAUCCACAAAGCUUACUGUGCCAAACAUAGCAUAGAUCAGAGACUAAAGGCUGAUACACAAAAACUUGGGGCAGAAGAGUUACAGCGUCUAAGGCACAUCAGGGUUGACUUGGAGAAAAUACGCUUGCUUUGCGAAAGAAUAAUAAAAAGAGAAAAAAUGAAACGUGAAAUGGUGUUUUGUUCACAUGAGGUUCUUGCCUCCAAGAGAGAUACAGUUGUUUUAUCCGCCCUGUCUCGUCGUCCUUUCUCUCAAAGUUCAGAUUCAGCCACUACUACAUCUCUGAGAGGGUACACUGAUGGAUGUAAAUCUGGAAGUGAAACUGUUCAGAAGUCAGAUGACUUCACUGUUGAUAGUGCAAUUGCUGGUAAACGAGGAGGUAAGUUCCCUGUGUCGAUGGAUAAUAAGGACCAAAAGACCGAUGAGAGUCCUGCAUCUCCAAUCUUGUUGACGCACAAACCUGCAGAGAGAAUAACCUUGUCCGGUAAGCAAAUUCCGAUGAGACAUAUUUCAUCCAGGGAUCCCUCAGAUGACGAGGACAAAAGGUUAACUUAUAGAAAGCCCGCGGAAACUUUUCAUAAAGAGAUGAUAAUGACGUCUGAUCAAGCAUCUAUGAAGAAUCAGCGGUUGCCAAAAGGGUAUGUCUAUGUUCCCCUUCAGCAACUUCCAAAGGAGGAAGAUGUUCCAGACACGUCUUCUGAGGAACCACCCCCCACGGAACAUACAGAUAGGUAAGUUGCUUCUGUUUUAGAACAACAGAAAUCCUCCUGACCCCGAUGAACAGCAUCCCCAUCUCCAGUGGGUCAUGUGUGACCAUCUGGGGAACAAAAGCCACUGGGAUGAUUUAUGGCCAUGUUGAGCACACUGCAUUAUACACCCCAUGGAGGUUCUGAUCAUUAUUUGUAUAAUUAUCCAUGAUUUCGAGCUUAUUUGAAUAGCUCACCAGGUGGGUUGUUCGUUUGUGUAUGGUAUGCAGCAUGUAAUUUGUAUACACCAGUUAGAAGGGUAGUAGCAAGCCAUGUAAAGUCAAUGUAUAUACCCCCACAAUUCUAACUAACCAUCAUAGUAGUGCAGAAAUCAGAUUGUAGAGUUGUAAUUUGUUCAUUGUUAAAUUUAGAUUUGUAAUUGUUGCUUUUGAAUUUGCUAUCUUGUAUGUUGCAUGUAGCAAACAUGCUAUGUAUAAGAGAAGUUAGAAACCAUAUUGUGAUUAUCUGAUUUUGAGAGUGUAACAUCUGAAUAUCUGAUUUAUUGGCAUCAAUCAG